UCAGUAUUCAAAAUUUACUCAACAUUUCAACACAAGCUCUCCAGUUGCGACGUAGAAACUGAUUUUAUUUGUUGGGAAAGCUGCUCGGCGUUGCCUAAUGAGUGACAAAAAGGCCUGCACGCGCGGGGCUCCGCCUGGUAUCCAGUUCAGCACGCCCGUCGGGGCACCCGUAACCAAGCGCAAGAUGCUGCUCUACAAGCGGCUCCUGCGCAGGGAGCUGCUCCGCGAUGACCAGACUCCCCAGCAGAUCCGUUCGGCCCGGCAGCGGAGGGAGCGGCAGGAGGCCGAAGGGAUGUUUCCAACGUCCUGAGCAAUCCAACAUCCAGCAGGAUGAGCCAGGACGAACCGGGGAGCUGUCUGGAAAUGUGAUUUCUUUAUUCUGAUUUUGGCAUUACCUAGUUUUAGCUAAAGUUCAUUAUUGGAAGCAUUGCUCAAAAUUAAAUUGUGAAAAAUAGUAAAAAAAGAAGUGGAAAACGAUUAGUUUACAUUUAUUGGUACCCAUAAAUAAAUGAAAUGGCCAAUUAUUUAAGCCCAACGAUCAA